AAAUAGAGCAAGAUACCUCUACGUACAGCCUUUACUCUUUCUCUGAUGGCUUUGCCUGCAGGUGUCCUCGAGGAGUCGUGCAAGCGACGAGCUACGCGGGUCUCUGCUACUCUACUGAUGUUGCUGCAAGACCUAUCUUCGGAUAUGAAGCUGCCUUCAAAUUUUCAAGAAUGGAGUUCGUAAGGCUGCACCGUUCAUAUUCCUGCGCAGGCCUGCUUCGUCUGUAGCUUUCUACGGAUCUCCCCAAUCCUAUACCUCCAGGACUUGCAUGCAAUGGCAUUCUAUAUCUCCAGUCUCAUGAGCACCAUCUGGUGUCCAUAGCUGCGCCUGGCGUUGACUCACCCGAACUCCCGAGGACUGCACUGCUGUGCACCGCACUGGCGAUGAGGCUGUUCCAUGCAGCCCAGUCAAUGUGACGGCAGACGAACUCCUUGCUCUUUCUCACUCGUUCACCGACCACCAUGUUCUCAUCAAGGCCUUCUCAGUCUUACGGUGCCCAGUUGCAACAUACGCCCUCGAAUGCAUCGUACCGUCCGCCCCCGCAGCGCUACUCGACGCCCUACGGCGGCGGUGGAUAUGGUCCGCCGCCCGGCGCGGACCCCCAGCUCUGGCAGUGGUUCUCGUCCGUGGACGUGGACCGCUCGGGGUCGAUCAGCGUGACGGAGCUGCAGCGCGCUCUUGUGAACGGAAACUGGACGAAUUUUGACCUCGAUACCGUGAAGAUGCUGAUGAACAUUUUCGACACGGAUCGUAGCGGUACGAUUGGCUUUGCUGAAUUCUCUGGGUUGUGGAAAUACAUCGCCGACUGGCAGAACGUCUUCCGUCAUUUCGACAAGGAUCGCUCCGGAUCCAUCGAGGGACCGGAGCUCUCAGCCGCUCUUCGCAGCUUCGGCUACAACCUCUCCCCCUCCAUCUUGAGCUUGAUAGAGCAGAAAUAUGCUACGGGUCCGUCGGAAGGUUACGGGCCCCCACCGGGCAUCACGUUCGAUCGUUUCGUGAGGGCGUGCGUCGUCGUCAAAACAUUGACGGAGUCCUUCCAGCGGAUCGACACGGAUCGCGAUGGCUGGAUAACGGUGAAUUACGAGCAGUUCAUGAAGAUUGUACUGCAAGCUCCUUGAAAACCCCUGGUCAUGUUACCCCACCCUGUUCCUGACUUUUGCCUUCGCAUGUGAUGAUGCCAAUGCCGCUUAGUCCCGCUCCCCGGCCGAUCUGCCACGAUACCUACGCAAUGAACCACGUACGCAUCGUCUAUAUCCUUAUGUAUUUGUAAAAUAUCAGACUAUGUGCUUUUAUAAUAUACCGUACAUCGC